CUUCAAAACAUCGUAUUGUUUUCAUUAUUUUUGCAACUAUCAACUCCUUAUAUACCGCUACUUGGGAUAUUGUCAUGGAUUGGUCGUUACUUCAACCUGGUUCUAAAAAUUAUUUAUUAAGAGAUAAUUUAUUUUUUAAGAGACCUUUCUUUUAUUAUGCCGCUAUUGUUACUGAUAUUGUGCUUAGAUUUCAAUGGAUUUUCUAUGCUUUUUUCAGUGGUCAAAUUCAACAGCUGGCUGUAACAAGUUUUUGUAUUGCAGUUGCUGAGCUUUUCCGGAGAUUUGUUUGGAUCUUUUUCAGAAUGGAAAAUGAACAUUGUACUAAUGUGACCUUGUUCAGAGCUUCGAAGGAUUCUCCGUUACCAUAUUCGAUAUCAUCGAGUGUUGAAAGAGCUAUUAAGAAAUUGGUUAAUUUGAAAUAUAAAGAAGCUAAUCCAAUAAGUGCUGGUAAGAAUGAUGAAGACCUUACUAUUUCUCGCCCACCUACAGGUCAAAUGAGUAGAUAUUCAAAAGCUUCUGGUGUUUCAGCUCAUCCUUCCCACGUCACUUUUGGUGAUGAAGAAGCUGACCUUGGAUUAUCUGAAAUUACUCAAAAUGCAGAACUGUCCAAUCUUGAAAGAAUUAAUAAUAAGUUACCAAGUGCCGUUCCUAAAUUAACUCGUAGGAAAUCUACUAUAAUGAAUAUUUCCGAUGUUUUGAAUAAAGCACAUAUUAAAGAUUUCCAAAGGAAAAAGAAACCAGUCAUCGAAGAAAAUGAUGAUAGUGAUGACGAAGACGAAGAUGAUGUCGACGAACACUCAAGACAUGCCUCUAUAAAUACACCUGCUGGAGUUCCAGCCGGAACAAAUUAUUAAUUUUGCAUUCACAUUUUUGUAAAUAUUUUGCAUAAAUUGUUUUAUUAUUUAUUCGCUUUAUAUAAACAUAUCAAUAUAUAAGAAUAUUUGAGAGAUUAAAAAAAA